AGAUAUAUUCCCUCAAUUGCUCUUGUUUUCCUUUGCGUUCUUGGGAUUUGGGGGGCAGGGGUACUUUCUUCUUCCUUUUCUUUGUUUGUUUCAAGAGGAGCGUACCCUUUGUUGAUUGCCAUGGUCUGAUUUCUCUGAAAUACAUAUUAGAGUUAAUAGAGAGCGAGAAGUGGUGUUGGAGACAAUGAGGAAGCCUUGCUGUGAUAAGCAAGACACAAAUAAAGGGGCAUGGUCGAAGCAAGAAGAUGAGAAGCUCAUAAAUUACAUUCGAAAACAUGGUGAAGGUUGCUGGCGAACUCUACCUCAGGCUGCAGGCCUCCUUCGUUGCGGUAAAAGUUGUAGGUUGAGAUGGAUAAACUAUCUAAGGCCCAACAUUAAAAGAGGCAACUUUGCUGAAGAUGAAGAGGAUCUCAUUAUCAAGCUUCAUGCACUCUUAGGCAACCGGUGGUCGUUGAUAGCUGGAAGAUUGCCUGGACGAACCGACAAUGAGGUGAAGAACUAUUGGAACUCUCAUUUAAGAAGGAAGCUUGUAAACAUAGGUAUCGAUCCAAAUAACCAUCGGUUGAUCAGCCACAAGCUGCUUCCUCGCCCUGAAAAUCCACAUAAUUCCAAUAGCAGUGCAAGUGCAACAUCAUCUGGUUCAAAAGUCCCAGCAGCUACCAAUACUAAUCCACCAGUGAAAUCCCGAUGUGAUAAUGAUCUAGUUUCUGAUGCUGCAAGUUGCUUGGAGGAUGAGCCAUGUAGUCAGCUCCCUGAUCUCAACCUAGAUCUCACCAUCAGUAUUUCAGCUCCUUCCGCUGCUAAACUCGAAGAUCAGGAAAAAACCCACAAACAGUUCAACAUAUCAAUGGACCUAGAUUUGUCCCCAUCUCCCACACUUGUUCUCUUUCGCUAGUUAAUUUGUUUGUCCAAAAGGGAGAUUUUAGACAUAAACCCUUAACGAGGCAAGAAUAUACUGAUGACGAAUUGGAUUCAGGUGUACAUUUAUCUAUAUAUCUUAGUCAUAGAAACUCCCAAACAUGGGAAACCCAAAGAAAAAAGGUGAGGAAAGGGAUCGAUGGCUUACGCACAAAUAAUUAGAUAAUUAUCCCCAAAAGGAGGGUAAAACUAGAUACUCAUCAACUUUCUUAAAUUUGAAUUCCAUUGAUAGGAAUUCCUAAAAUUUCCUAGGCAUGAUGGUGCAUACUUUGGGGAGAUCAGAUUCAAAAGGUGGGUACACAUCAUCUAUUUAUAUAGUUUCCUUGCAAAUUAAGUUAGCCGUAAAAGGAGAUUUUAGCAACGAAAUUUUUCUGUCGAAAAAAUUUCCUUGUUAAAGAGUUGUUCUCCUGCAGUGUGUAUACUUAAAAUCCGUUACUGGAUCAACAUAUAUGUUGCCAUAAACUUUAUUCUGAUAGAUCUGAAGACAUGAUCUUUUCUUUUUCAUUUCUUGUUCUCGAUGGCUCCUUCAUGUAAUGCAUUUGAUGUUAUUAGUUCAUGUGCACGGCAUGGUAAGGCUUAAUUUGUCUCUUUGAAACAAAUAUUUAAUAUUGUAUCCAUCCUAUCUAUUAUAUACUAAUAAUAAAUACUCUUUUGCUCUAAGCUUCAGUAAUCUGAUUCCCAACUUAAUUGAUUAUGUUGUAAUAAAAUGCUUGAAAAAAAAAAAAGAAAUCUACCAGAUACGUACGUUUACAACAAAA